GCGUCGUGUCUGCGGCUCCGAGCUUCUGUCGCUUCUGUCGGUGUCGGAUUCUCCGGAGCUUCUUCCUCCCGGUCCCGGGACAGCGGCGGAUCUUCGGCGUCGCGGACGCACGGAUCUGGCGGGCAGCGCAGCGGGGACCAUCCACUCCCAUCCCGUCCCGGCUCGGCUCCUCCUCCCCCCGCUAAGGUGGAAAAUCCCGGACGGAGGCCGCAGUGUGCGCUCAGCCUCCCGCAGGCCUCCAGCCCGGACGCACGCUUUUCUCCCGGAAAAUGGACGGAUUCGCCGGUAGUUUAGAUGACAGCAUGUCUGGAGCCAGUGUCUCAGAUGUCAACGACCGUCUCUCUGCACUGGAGCUUCGUGUCCAGCAGCAAGAGGACGAGUUGACGGUGAUGAAAGCUGCUCUAGCCGACGUCCUUCGCCGUCUCGCUGCCUCUGAAGACUCAGCAGCCUCGACUAAGAAACAGCAUUCAGGAAAGGGUGGAGCUUCUAUGCGUGAAGCCUACUCUAUGUCUUGUAUCGCUAAUGGAGGCACAUCUGGACGCAAGAGAGAUUCCACCUCUGUCUCCAGGAAGGAGACGGUGUCCUCUGCUGCCAAGAGUGGAGCAGAAAGGAAGAAGGAGCUCAGCAGCCAGCGAUCUCAGAUGGAGGAGAUCCAGGAAAAUGAGGAGCUUCCUCACCAAAAGGACAUGUCCCCCUGUCCUUCCUCCCCCCACCCUCCUCAGACUCCACAGACCCCCCAGCCACAGAGACCAGCUCAGUCCAUGGAAGGCAGUAAAGGCCACGCCUCCCUCAAAAGGGGUCCCAGCGUGAAGAGGUCCUCGGGUAUGGAGCGUUCUCAGAGCAGCACAUGGGACAGUUCAGAGGACAACAGGAACAAACUGGUCAAAGCUGCGUCCACCUCCAAACUAUUGUCAAAGGUCAUCAAGAACGCUGACAGACACAAAGACCCCGUGGUCAGCCAAGCCAAAAUGUCGACCCGAGAGAAAAACAGCCAAGCUGAGGGAAAUCAUAUCAAGACGUUCAUGCGAGGUCGACCCAUCACCAUGUUCAUCCCUUCAGAUGUGGAGAACUAUGACGAUGUUCGGACUGAACUUCCUUCAGAAAGACUCAAGCUGGAAUGGGUGUAUGGUUACCGGGGCAGGGACUGCAGAGCAAAUGUCUACCUCCUUCCAACCGGAGAGAUCGUCUACUUCAUUGCGUCUGUGGUGGUUCUGUUUAACUACGAAGAACGAACCCAGAGACAUUACCUGGGACACACCGACUGUGUCAAGUGUCUGGCCGUCCAUCCUGAUAAGAUCCGAAUUGCUACCGGACAGAUUGCUGGAGUGGACAAAGAUGGACGGGCACUGCAGCCUCAUGUUCGUGUCUGGGACAGCGUCAGUCUGUCGACUCUGCAGGUCCUCGGUUUGGGAACAUUCGAACGAGGUGUUGGUUCACUGGCCUUCUCCAAAGCUGACUCUGGUCAGCACCUGAGCGUCAUUGACGACUGUAAUGAUCACAUGUUGACAGUCUGGGACUGGCAGAAGAAGUCAAAGAUUGCUGAGAUCAAGACCACCAAUGAGGUGGUCCUGGCUGUAGAGUUCCACCCCACUGACCCAAACACCAUCGUCACCUGUGGAAAGUCCCACAUCUUCUUCUGGACCUGGACCGGGAACUCUCUGGCUCGGAAACAGGGAAUCUUUGGGAAAUAUGAGAAGCCAAAGUUUGUUCAGUGUCUGGCCUUCCUGAGUACUGGAGACAUCCUGACUGGAGACUCUGGUGGAGUCCUUCUGGUCUGGACCAGGAGCUCCGCCGAGACCCCAACUGGCAAGGGACCUCGAGCUUUUCAGAUCAGUCGUCAGGUCAAAGGUCAUGAAGGCAGUAUUUUCUGUUUGUGUGAGAUGAGGAGCGGUACUCUGCUGACGGGAGGAGGAAAAGACAGAAAGAUUAUCCUCUGGGACCACGAACUGAGAGCUGACCGAGACAUCGAGGUCCCAGAUCAGUAUGGAACCAUCAGAGCCGUAUCUGAGGGGAAAGGGGACGAGUUCCUGGUGGGGACGUCUCGUAACUUCAUCCUGAGAGGAACCUUCAACGAUGGCUUCUUGGUGGAGGUUCAGGGACACACAGAUGAGCUGUGGGGUUUGGCAUCCCACCCCUCCAGAGAGAUGUUUCUGACAUGCGCCCAGGACCGACUGGUUUGCCUCUGGAACUCGCUGGAUCACAGUCUGCACUGGAGUCGUACUCUGGAGGAACAUGGACACUGUGCAGACUUCCAUCCCAGUGGAGUGGUGGUUGCCAUAGGAACGCACUCAGGAAAGUGGUAUGUCCUGGAUGCUGAGACCACUGACCUGGUGGCCAUCCACACCGACGGGAACGAGCAGCUGUCAGUGAUGCGCUUCUCUGUCGAUGGUAGUCUGCUGGCCGUUGGUUCCCAUGACAACUUUAUUUACCUCUACACCGUCUCAGAACAAGGACGCAAGUACAGCCGAUAUGGAAAGUGCACAGGACAUUCCAGCUACAUCACACACCUGGACUGGUCCCCCGACAAUAAGUUCAUCAUGUCCAAUUCUGGAGACUACGAGAUCCUCUACUGGGAUGUUCCUAACGGCUGUAAGCUGAUCAGAAACCGCUCUGAGUGCAAAGACAUCGACUGGGCGUCCUACACCUGUGUCCUUGGAUUCCACGUGUUUGGUGUUUGGCCCGAAGGUUCUGAUGGAACCGACAUCAAUGCUCUGAUCAGAUCUCACAACAGGAAGGUGAUAGCUCUGGCUGAUGACUUCUGUAAAGUUCACCUGUUCAGCUACCCAUGCUCCACUCCCAAGGCCCCCAGCUAUAAGUACAGUGCCCACAGCAGUCACGUGACCAACGUCACCUUCCUCUACAAUGACAGUCACCUGAUCUCGACGGGAGGGAAGGACACCAGCAUCAUGCAGUGGCGUUUGGUGGAGAAGUCUUCGCUGUCUCUCACCGAUGGCCUCCUCUGUAACUCCGGCCCCCGCCGGGCUGAUCCGGUCUUUGCCCCACCCCCUCCCACAGCGAUCACACCCACGCAGGAAGCCCACAACCCCCCGACAGCCAAUGGGACCCAGGAACCCUUUCCGCAAACCCCUCCCCCCCUAGAAGUAGCCCCACCUGCUUCAGAGCUAACCCCGCCUCGUUCUGAGUCGACGCCCCCCCCCUCCGACAGCACAGUGAGUCUGAAGGACAGCCUGGAGCCGAGUGAUGACACGGCCACGCCCAGCGACGAGGGACUGCCCCCCCUGACCCCCCCAUCGUAGACGGUUGGAGUGGGGACCAGGGCGACUUUACAGAGUGAUGACAGUUGUUGGACGUUAGUUCACACUCGGUUUAAGGUUUAGUUUCAGUCGAUGGGUCGGUAAGGAUUAAUAUCAAUCAGCUCUUAACUCAGAUAUGAAUUAGGACGUUUCUCUUUUCAUUUCCUUAGAACUUUAUUACCUCUGAUGUUCAACAGAACAUCUGGAAUCCUUUUAGAGAAUACGACCCGUCAGAACGUGACUCAGAAUACAUAAUCGAUGUCUGUACGUCCACGAUACACUCCAACCACAUUUAAACAGAAUCAAUAACUAUCAGUUGGUAAAUGAUGCUCAUCACAAGUGUAGAAUCGCUGAAGUGUUUGACUGACACGUGAUUGAUCCGUUCCAUUUUAGUAAAUGUUCAUAAGAAUACUGAGUGAGAAACAGCUGAAGACUGAUUUAUGACUCGUACUAAUUACAGCGGCAGGUUCAGCCUUUAAAAAACUUUAGUCCUAAAGUCUCACCUUGAUUUUUCACCGGUCUGUCAGGGUGGGGGAUUCAUUUUCAGCUUUUUUAAAUGCAAAUGUUUCAUUUUUACUAAACUCAAGAGGCAAGAUGAAAACUAUCACAGGUAAGACAGGUACGUCUAGGUGAGGUGAACCUUCCAGUCUUAAAGGGCUUUUAGAUUUUUUUAUUUUUUUUUUGCUGACAACUACUCAAAUAUAUUUUUAUUUACUCCUUAUAAUGAUAAAGUGUUUAUCAUGAACCCAACUCAGUUAUUGAUGAGGUCAUGCCUUUGUUUUUCUGAUGGACUCAUUGAUUUGACUUGACUGGCUCAACUGCAGAACUGUAGAACAGUAAAAUACUUUUAAUGUGAAACAUACAGGAACUACUCUCACCGUAAUUGUAGAGGACAAUGCAGAAAACGGUUAAAGAUUAGCACAGAUUUAAAAUAAACCUAGAAAAAAUCAAA